CGCCUAGCGGUGCAGCCAGCUGAGGCACAGCUGGGCAGCUGCGGCGGGGGCGCAUCCUUUGCGGACGACAAGUUGAGGCGUUCUGUACGUGCCGCAAAGAAGACGCGGGGGAAGGGGGGGGGGGGGUUAAUGCUUCACUCCCACUCGGAGAUGGGAGGCAGCGGGGACUCGGCGCACAGCUGGACUGUAAAGGCGGCUGAAGAGCAAGGCAGCCGCCGCAGAUUGGUCGCAGUUCAAGUUUAAACGGGCAAGAAAGCGGGAGGAAGAAAUUGCAAAGAAACAGACCAAGAUAGGUUUUUGCAUUAUAGAGAGACAUGGGCAAUUUCAAAGGUCAUGCUCUGCCUGGGAGUUUUUUCCUCCUCUUUGGCUUUUGGUGGUCAGUGAAGUACCCACUAAAGCAUGUCUGUCGAAAGAACAAGAAUGCUUGUUACCUUGGUUCCAGGGCAGGAUUUCAGCGCUUGGAAUUUAUUGAGGGGAUCGUCAAAGCAGUAUUUGCCCUGAUUGGUAUGCUAGCUGAGCAGUUUGUUCCUGAUGGGCCUCAUCUGAAGUUGUAUAAUUAUGAGGAAAAACACUGGGAUCACUUGAUGAACUGGCAGCAUGCCACCAUGUAUCUCUUCUACAGCAUCUCAGGGCUUGUUGACAUUGUGGCUCAUGGCACCAAUGCAUUGCCAGUGGCCUUGGAUAGGAUGAUGCUUUCAUUAGCAGUUUUCAUUGAAGGUUUUCUCUUUUAUUACCACAUACAUGGGCGAGCCAUGCUGGAUUUUCAUGUUCAUCAGUUACUUUUAGUGGCUAUCUUUGGAGCAGCCUUUUGCAUAUUUCUGGAAGUCUUCUUCCGCGGCAGCAUUGUCCUUGAGAUGCUCCGGACAAGUCUUUGCAUUCUGCAAGGUAGCUGGCUCUGGCAGAUUGGUUUUGUACUUUAUCCUCCAAAUGGGAGACUGGAAUGGAACCAAAUGGAUCACAAUAAUAUGAUGUUCUUGACAAUGUGCUAUUGCUGGCAUUAUGCCUUUGCUUUUCUUAUACUUGCAGUGAAUUACACUAUUGUCAGCUGGGUAGUUCGUUCAAAGAUUAAACAGGCCCAGUCCGUGGAGAUGGGAUUACUGAAAACAUCUGAACGAGAUCAGGAAUCAGAAGAUGAAAUCUAGUUUUGUAUAACUUCUGUUUUACCACUUUGCCUUCUUCACCAUUAAGAUAAUUUUACCUCAUUUCUAGAUUAGUUUACCAUCUUAUUUGUUCUUCAUAUAACUCGCUAUGCAAGUAUCAUCCAUAAAGUACUGUAUACUUACUUCUACAUAAUUAGAUUCUUAUUUGCAAAGUGUAGGCCUGAUAUGAAUUUGUGGUGUUUCCAUUAGUACAUUGUUCAUCACACGCUUUAGUGGAAAAAUAUUUUCCUAUUAGCUGAACAUAGAUUGGAUGGGGUGACUUUGUCAAGUAAAAUCAAUUCAGCCCAUUAAUAGCUGAGCAACAUGUUCUCCUCCUGCUGUUGGAGAAACUGGUAAAUUUCCAAAUAUAAAUAUAUCAAAAAAGCUAAAUUUGCUGAAUUGCCAGCCAUAUACAUAAAAUAACUGUACAGAACUUUAAAACAAUGGAAUAAGCACAUUAUUGAUGGAGACCUACAUCUGCAUUGUCAAGUAUAUUGAAGAAUAUCUUUGCUUGUAGUUUCAAAUGAAACUGCAAAUUGCAAACCCAUGUAGCAUUUAUCUACACAGUCUAUCCUUUGUUCGUUACAACAUGUGCUCUACCACAUUUCUGCAAGGAGAUCAAAUAAGUGUAGAAAUGACUAUGGGGAUUGCUCAUCAUAAGGGGAAGUUACUCAGUGCAGUGACUUUGACAUUCCUAUCACCCUGCGCUUUGACAAGCAGUACAUUGACCCUACUUUACAGCCAGGGGCAUUGGAACAAUUUUUAUAGUGGGGGUGUUGAAAGCCUUUGAACAAAACUGUAAACCCUGUAUAUGAUGGAAACCAUGUAUGUGGUUGUUACUACUACAUCAAGCCAGGGGGUGCUGCUGCACUCCCAGCACUCUUAGUUCCACAUCCCUGUUUACAGCAAGUAUAGCAACUUUUUAUAGAAAGGCUUCUGUGUGUCAAACAGAGCAACAUCAGGCGUCCAAGUUAAUUCUGUACCCUAAAUUCAGCUCCUUUCCCAUACUGCAAUCUAGUGGGAUUUCAGUAAGGCACUGGGGCAGUCACAUGACGGGAUGCAGUGCACAAAUCCACAUGCUGUGCUCAGCAAUGGCAUCAUAUGUGUUUGGACGCAGUCUGCAGCUGAGGGACCCGAUCUGUUCUCUGUGCCCUCUCUUGGAGGAUGUUGAUCAUUGUAGAAUAGAGUGCUGUAUGGACACAUGCACACAGUGAUCAUUUUAAAAUCAACUCCGCAGGCUUCUUUGUGCAUUUCUGAAUGUUCAGUUAUUUGUAUUGUACAAAUGAUUCUGAGAGGUGCCGGUUUCUUCCACUCCUGCUGCAGUAAGGAUACAUUCCAAUAUGAAUUGUAGGAUUAGGAAAUGACUAAUACGUGGCAAAGAACAUUAGUGAGCCUUAUUGCAUGGAAGCAUACUGCCCCCAGGGGGUUCAAUACUUGAAGUACAUCUGUAACACAGCUCAUUCUUCAAAAAGUCUAUAGUAGUAAUUGGUCAUGACUGGACAUCUGCCAUUCAGCAACAAUUACUCCUGGGAGAAUUCGGCACCAAAAAAUUAAAAAUUCUGUUCACAAUAUUUUAAAAUUCUGCAAAAUUCUUCAUAUUUUUAUUUGUCAAAAUAAGGCAAUAUACUCACUCUGGUUCCAAUUAUUUUGGUAAUUUAUUUAAACUACAAUAUAAUGGAUAGAGAAUGGGAGUGGGGAGCAGAUCCCCUUGCCUAAUAGUAAUGUAGCUAGGUUUGACCCUUUAUUUCAAGUCAACAAAUAUAUGCAGCCAUAUGUUCAGUGUUACAACAUAGGCAAAUGAAGACCAAAUGAGGGCAGGGGAAUCAAACUCACAAUUUAUGUUGGCUACUGACCAUCUCUGAAAGGUCAGUAACCAACAGUUCAUUGAGCACAUUGUGAUAGAAAAUUUUUUCAGGCCAAAAAUUUAGACCAGUUCUAAUUACUAAAGCACCGUCAGCAUUUAUAAGGCGAUACUGUCUUUUAUCCUGGGCACUCUGGCAAUGUAAAGAAGCCUUAACACUUUUACACCUGUUUUAUACUCCUGGGAAAAUUCUGGCAACGUAAAGAAUCCUUUAAAACUUUUACACUUGUUUUAUACUCCUGGGGAAAUUCACAAAGACAAUGGGAACACUAAGCAGGCAGGCUGCUGCAUUCUGCUCUGCCUGAGGGGACAGAGCCUGCCCCACGCCUACCUCCUCAGAAACACCCUGAAGCCUGCCCCUCCAUGCUGAGCAUGCUGCAAUAGUGAGUGAGAGGAACAGAGUGUUUCUCUCUCUUUCUCUCUCUCUCUCACGCAUCCCCAUCCCAGCAGUGAUUUACGUCUUUACCAGUUGCCCAAACUGACCUGCCUGCACUGCUGGGAAGGGGCACAUGACCGCUCUUGUGGCUUCCCUGCCAGAAGUCAUUUUUCUGUGGAGAAGCAAAGAAAUCUGCAGGGGACAUGAAUUCUGUGCAUGCACAGUGAUGCAAAAUUCCCCCAGGAGUAAACAGUUGCUGUUAUUGUAGGUUCCACUGCCAGAGAAGUGAGUACAAUAGGAAUUCUGAAGGCAGUGGUACACAGCAGCCAUCAACUGUAGGGCAGUUACUCUGCAAAAGGAGCCUCUUGCUUUCAGAAUACAUCCUUUUAAAAUAUUAAUAUUUAUAUAUUAUACACAUUGCAUUUAAAAACAGGAUGUUGCACAGUAAUGUAAUGUAGAAAUUCCAGUUGCACAGUAAUGUAAUGUAAAAAUUCCAGCCCACUGGGACUGAAACUAGAGACAUACUUUUUUUUCUCUUAGUGCUCUCAUGUUUUCAUCAGACACUACAAGGCAAGAUCCCAGUUCUGCAGUCCUUAUGUAAGCAGUCACACUCAUUGAUGGAGGUGAGUAAGGUCGGCAGGAUCUGGAUCUAAAUUUGUGUGCUUCAUCUGCAUUUAUCCUUGUCCCUUUGAUAUAAAGCAGAAAAAAGUAUAGCUUAAAUAAAGCUAAUUACAGUCAGACUACCACUCUAAAAAUAUAAAACUAUUAUUUAAAGUAGUUUAUAGCUGUAAGGAACCCCAAGGAUAAGGAGAAAAGCUCAAGACCCUUUACCUAUAGCUACUUUAACUUUAAAUGCACACAAAUACACUAUAGGCUAAAUUUUUCAGGGAAUCUUCCCUUCAGUUGCCAGUUAUUUAAAGGUUGGAGCUGGUCACUUUAGAAUUUCUGGCUUUUCAGAGCUUUUCUAAUAUAAGCUACAUUUUAAAAUCUUUAACUCUGAACUAAAUUUAAAAAUAGUGCACAUGUUAAAUUGACUAUUAAGCACUUUGCUCAGGUACAGCUCAGGCAGCAGCAAUGCAAGCUUUCUCAUUGUCCUGCCAAUAACAAUGCUUAGUACUAUAAAACUGUAAAUGUGUCUCAAGCCCUGACCUGAAGAGACCAUGUAAGCAGGAGAAGAGGGCAGUAACUCACUGAGCACUGGAAACGUUACAGAAUGCAGCUUGCAUGGAGUAUUUUUUUCAAUAUAAAGAUUUUAGAUGGUCACUUUGAAUUACUUCUGGUCCCCACCAAGUAUCUUGCUACUUGUCACUACAUCUGAGAAUAAUUAUUGAUUAUUAAUAAAUAUGAACCUGAAUCAAAACCUUGGAACAGAACACUCCCAAACUUUCCCUCUAAAUUCUUAUACUACCCAUCACUGUGAGAUGGGAAAGUUUAGAUCCAGAUCCAAACUUCACAGUUGGUAUCAAUUGCUAAAUAAUCAUUUGUUCUUCUGUAGUGCCUUUCAUUGGAGGCUUUUGCAACUCUUUGCAAACCUUAAUGAAGUCUGCUUCACAAUACUCCUGUGAGUUAAGUAUCAUUGCUCCCCAUUUUAUAUAUAGGCAUUUCCAUAUCAGCAGGGCUUAGUCAUACUGCAGUCCAUGACAUUAUCUUCAUAGUGCAGUUGAAACUCAGAAGGAAGUGAUACCUACCCCACUCUGCAAAUCUAGGAUUUUUGUGGCACUCGAAGGGCCAUAUUCUCCCAUUAAUUACACUAGUGGAGCCUCAUGAAAAUAAAAUUUUCUGCGGGAAUAAAUGAAGUCAGCUCCAUUGAGUUCAAAAGAAUUUUGUCUGUUUACACCAGCAGAAGAUUUGGCUCAGUGUGGUUGUCAUUGAACCGGAGACAACGACCAUAAUAAAAAAAAAAUGCCCAUAGGGCAGCCUGGGGUUGAACUCAAGGUGCUAAUCAGAGUUAAAAGCAGCAUUGCUACGUCUUAAUUGCUAUUCUAACCUGAGUUAUCCAAUGUGGAUUAGCUAACCAAAUGAAGAAUACACUUUUUUGGAGGGGCAGUGUAGACAUACCCUAAAAGUGGGUGCCUCUUUGCUCCUCCUUUCCCUGUCUCAGCCCUAAAAUUCUGACACCGAACUCUUGGAAUUACCAGAGUUCAUGUAAUUAAACCCUGGCAUAAUUCCAUCAGUGGUGAUAAUGCCAUAGGUUGUUGUGAGGGAAAAAUCAGAUAUGAUUCAUACUCUGCUGAGAGGGGACAUGUACAGCUCCCUGUGCUAGAUUUAGUGAGUGAUCCAUACAGGUGUCUGAGAAUUGGAUGACCAGGUUAGCUGGGUACAUUUUGUCUGUUUUAGGCAGAUAGAAAUCUCCAGAAAUGACACUUCCAGAAUUCCAAUUUAGAAGUUAGAAGUCAACACUUUUUGUGACUAAUCCUAUCAUUUAUUUUAUGCACAAAAUACCUCCUUUUACUAAAGAUGGCAUCACAAAGAGGCAAAAGAAAAACAGAUUUUAAAGUGUUCAGGAUGUUCAAUAAUUUUUCCUCCAAGUUUUUCCUCCCCUAUCUCAUGCUGUCUUUACCAAAUCUGUCUUGUAGACAAGCUUCUUACUCUAUUGUAAAGAUGGAAUUGAAUUUAUACCCUACCUCUCAACAAAUACAAGCAUUGGCAUAUGUUGGAAUCUGAACAUUAAUAUCAAGGCUGACACGAACUCUGUGAUGGACCAAACCAAAACUGCAAAACUGAAUACACCCGCACCCCUAUCCUUAAAAUGUUCAAAAUCCAGAUCUAAAUCUUUCAGCUCAGGCCCAUCUCUACUCUAAAGCUAGUAACUAACUGGCUGCUCCUGGUUCAUUGUGAGUAGUUUUUAACACAUAGGGCUUGAUCCUACUAAGUGGUGAGACCUCAACAUCCACUGACUUAAGGUGAGAAUAAUAAAUGUUAUUUCAGUGAUGCUUUUGUCUCUUUAUCCCACAAAUACUGCAGUAUAAUGCCUACUUUCAAAUGAUAAGAAAAAUAAGAAACUAACUUCAAUACAUGCACAAUUAUUUGAUGAUUUAAAUGUCUCAAAUUUGGAGACACAUGGAAAAAACAGAUGCUAAAGCUUCAAAUUUUAAGACUUCUUGAAUUUCUGUACAAAUGUCUGGUAUUAAAAUGAUCAAAUACAAGUAAAAGCAAAGGGAAAAUUGUAAUAUAUUUACAGUAUCUAUAAUAUAAAAAGGUGCAGUCACUUUCUCAAACUGUCUAAUAUUGUUGUAAUAGCAUAAUGAAAGAAACCAAGCAGUAUAUUUUUAGGAAGAAUUUUUUUUUUUAAAGCAGAAAGAUUCAUCGGGUGUCUUCAAAGGCUGUUCCUGACUGGUUAUGUUUUGAACACUACUCUCUGUUAACACUAAAGAAAUAUGAGCUUUGGCAUUCCUUUAUCAAUAGUUUCUGUUUGAAUUCAGAGAAAGGAUGGAAGUCUGCCAGGUUUACAAACAUACCAUUUAAAAAAUAUAGUGCUUUAAUGAAAACUUAAGUUAUUGUUAAAUAUUGGUGCCUUUAAAAAAACCACAAUAUUUAAUAACAAACAAGACGUGCCUGUAAUUUUAUUUAAAUAAAACUGA